GAUCCCCCAUUUUCUUACCUGCAUCUCUGGAUAGCCUCGUUGAUCAGCGACCGGCAGAUCUUGCAACAGAGCUUAAUUCUCUUCUUCGUAUUUUCUUCUUCGCCUUCUUUUUUGCGCUGCCAACCCUCGUCCAGCCUUGACGUUCCGUUUUGUCCUGCCGCCCAACCCGACCGACACUCCUCUCCUUCUAUUGCGUCACUUGGCUAUUUCGACCUUCCCAAUGCACAGCCCGGAAUAUGCUGCGUAGUUCCCAGUCACCGUUGCUUCAUACUCCACAGUCUUGACAAAAGACAACACUAGCCGCGUGGCGAUGGACUCAUCGUCAGCCACCGCUGCUGGCCCUUCUAGCUCACCCGACUUUCGCGCUGUGUCUGUUGGGACCAGCAAUGCCACGCUCAACCAUUCUCAAGCCGCUCGACAACGCCCGCCCCGAUCCCUUCCUCCCUGGAUCGACUCAUACGAAUCCGAAAAUGGACCCUUGACCGAUGACCAGAUGCGGCUCCUCCGGCCGCCGCAGCGAUCCGUUCUACCUCAACAUAAUUACGACCCAAGCGAAACAGAGCGCAGGAUAUCCAAAGAUGGCUUCGUCGACUGGGCGCAAGACCCUCUAUCUCUACAGCGCAGCCCCCCAAACAGGCGGCUGACGGUUCAGAAGCUGCUCAGGGGUCGCAGAGGUCAACAGGGCAGGAAGUGGGAUCAUCUGCGCUCUGCUGAACCUGUCGUCGUAGCUGCCUAUGCGCCGCCAGCACCGGGAAACACAGGUGGUGCAGCCGCUGUCUGGAGACACUACGUCCAGUCUACAGUAUACGGGCGUGCCCAGGGAGAGGACUCUGAGGUUGUCGAUCCGGAAAUGCUGGAUAAGCUGCAGCCUGACUUCAACCGGCCGUUUGACAACCCCCUUCACCCACACGAAAGCCGGUCCUCGAGAAGGAGGAAACGCACGCGAACGGUGGGCGAAAGAAUCUGGCGGGCGAUUCUACGUCAUCCUCUGGUGCCGCUCGUGUUUCGACUGACGGUCAUGAUUACUUCGUUAAUGUCGCUGGCCAUUGCCACGCGAAUCUUCGUUCACGAGAACGCGCAGGACAGAAGCAGUGCGGAGCGGACGCAGAGCGUCGUCGCCGUCGUCGUGGAUACCGUUGCAGUUCCAUACAUCGCUUACAUGCUGUGGGAUGAGUACACGGGCAAGCCACUCGGUCUUCGACCCGCUACGCAAAAGAUUGCCUUGAUCUUACUGGAUCUCUUCUUCAUCAUACUCAAAUCAGUGAGCACGGCACUGGCGUUCGAGAGCCUGGUUUACCACAAUGAUCGGGGGGACGCGAAGGUGGCACAGCUCUCCAAGGCUCUGUCGGCUUUUGUAUUCGUGGGGCUCGUAUCGUGGACAUUCAACUUCAUGGUGAAUAUUUUCAGGACGGUGGCAAGGCUAGGAACGAACGAGGGCUGAGCAGGCGCAAGUGGGCUUUUUUUCGGUUUCUGGUCUCUGGGUUGAGAGUGCAAGGAUACCUCUAUUGGUCUGGUGUUUUCCCCUCAGCGUUCAGCCCUGCGGGAUUGAGGAGCUUGUGGUUCUCAUUUCCUAUUCAUCGGCUCUGAUGGUGCGGGACGCACACGCCGAAUUUUUUAUGACAUGAUAGGAUGGCGAGACUGACUGCGAAUACCUUUCACAC